CUCCCAGAAUCCCUCACUCCAACACAAACAUCGAACCAGAGGAUGCUCCAGCUGCUGCAGAUUCUGAACAGACUUUCAUGAAAUGACGCGAAUACUGUUCCGAGAUCCCGGUCCGGUUCAGCAGAGCACGCGUAUUUAAAACCUUUGACAUGAGUGUUAUAGACAGGCGAGGCAGAUUGUACGCAUUAAACAUGAGUUUAAAGAGCUAACGCGGGCCUAAAUCUGAUGAUGUGGCCUCUUAAAUUAGCUGUCAUGCUAAAGUAAAAGUCUAUCGGUUGUUUAUAUGUUAUUAAUAUAAAAGUAUGUAGCUGGAUUAAACGAGUCAAAGCCCGGAGGACAGGGACUGAGGUUAACGACAGAAUGAAUUUGAGGAAGUCACGGAGCGUCGGGACGACUUCACCAUUGAAUGGACUCGGAAAACAAGAUGCCGAGUCCAGACGGAAGAGGAAGAUGGCCGAGAUCGCUCAGGCACUGAACACGACGCCCGUGGAUGUGGCCGCUCUGAGACGUAUGGCCAUCAGUGAAGGAGGUCUGCUGACCGAUGAGAUUCGACAGCAGGUUUGGCCCAGGCUGCUUAAUGUGAAUGUAGACAACAUACCUGAAGAACUAGAGAAGGUAGAUCGCGAAAAUAACAAGGACUUCAACCAGGUGCUUCUGGAUGUGCAGAGAUCCCUGCGACGCUUCCCUCCAGGGAUGCCGGACGAGCAGCGUUCAGGUCUUCAGGAAGAGCUGAUCGACAUUAUCCUACGGGUGCUUGUGAACAACCCUCAGCUGCACUAUUAUCAAGGUUACCAUGACAUCGUGGUGACCUUCCUGCUGGUUUUGGGGGAACGGCUCGCCACUGCCCUGGUGGAAAAACUUUCCACGCACCAUCUCAGGGACUUUAUGGACCCCACUAUGGACAACACCACGCACAUACUGAACUACCUGAUGCCCAUUAUAGAAAGAGUCAACACAGAGGUGCAUGACUUUAUGCAACAAGCUGAAGUCGGCACCAUAUUUGCCCUCAGCUGGCUCAUCACCUGGUUUGGACACGUGCUGUCAGAUUUCCGUCACGUCGUACGGUUAUACGACUUCUUCCUGGCAUGCCAUCCUCUCAUGCCCAUCUACUUUGCUGCUGUGAUUGUUCUUCAUCGUGAGGAGGAGGUGUUGGACUGCGAAUGCGAUAUGGCCAUGAUGCAUCAUCUUCUGUCACGAAUCCCAGACGACCUGCCGUACGAGACUCUGAUCAGUCGGGCGGGAGAUCUGUUCGUACAGUUUCCUCCAUCUGAACUGGCCAGAGGCGUCGCCCAUCAGAGGAGUCAGGAAACGGCCGUCUCUACUUUUAAAGACUUUGAAUUGGCGUCAACCCAGCAGCACCCGGACACGGUGCUCAGACGGAGAAGAAAAGAGCGUCAGCUGCAACAGCGCCAUCUAGAGGCCAAGCAGAGCACAGUCGCUGUUCGGCCCACCGCGCGACGCUUCAUGAGGCUGGCGGUCAUGGGUUUGACUGUGGCAUUGGGGGCCACAGCUUUGGCUUUGGUGAACUCUGCCCUGGAGUGGGCACCUAAACUGGACUUACUCUUCCCAUGAAGGAGCCAAGCGGAGUUUUGGAAGGACUUGUGAAUGUGCCUGCGUUUAUUUGGUUCAUUUGCCUUUUUUUUAGUAUUUAUACACGGACUGAAGUCGAGCUAAUAAAUAUAAUGUGUUAAUAGAAAUAAGAAUUCAACAAGUUGUUUGUCCAUACAAAUGAGAUCCUUGUGUUGGUGGUCGCAGAACAAAUUUUUAGGUAUAUAGUUCAUAAAGCCAUUUUUAUAUUGACAAGCGCAAAUGCUUUGAAACCAUGUACGUAAUGUUUGAAAUUUAUGUGCGAGAAUGUGCAAAACAGCAUUCAAGCAACACGUUCAUUGUUUAUAAGCAUAAUCAGUCCCGUUUGCGUUUUAUAAGUGAGUUACGCUUUUGCGUAAACUGUUUGUGCAGGAACACUCUUAAAAAUAAAGGUGCUAUAGAAGAACCAUUUUUGGUCGAAUGUUUCCAUAAAGAACCUUUCUAUUUCACAAAACAAGGCAUAAAAAUGGUUCUUGAAGAACCUUUGACUGAAUGAUUCUUUGAGGAACCAAAAUGGUUCUGUGGCAUCGCUGUCAAGAACCUUUUAAGCACCUUUAUUUUUAAGAAUGUAGUUUGAUGAAAGUUUUACGUAGAGAUUUGUUCUGCUCGCCGUUCUUAUGAAUGAUGAAUGAGACCCCAUGUGUAUUAUUAUACUCUAUAGGCCCUAAAAAAGAGCCUUAGACUAUUGAGACCAAAAUAUUUUAGGACCCCUUGAAGGCAGAAAUCUAAUUUGUUUUGUGUACGUAAUAUCUUAUAUAAAAAAUAUAUAUAUAAUAGCAGUGAAUGAACACAGUCGUUUUAUUGUAUGUAUGUUAAUUUUUCAAAGUUAUUUUUUCACUACUUUUUUUCCUGAAACGUCCUUAAUCACAGUAUUUAACUGAGCAAUUCGCAGUGCUUAUGGUACAAUUUCAACAAGUGGAUCAACAAGUAUCAGAUGACAGUUGAAGGUUUUGUCUAGACGGCGUAACUCCAGAUCGCGUUAACAGGACAUUCUUGCAUUGUAAAAAAAAGUGAAAGUUGGAUUAAUUUUUUUUACUUUAUGCUGCAUACACACCAAACGCGAAGCAAAGUGUUCCUCGCUCUAGAUUACUCAUAGGAUUUAACUUCGUGUCAUGCAAAUUUUUCCCUCGAAUAUUUUCAACUUGCGCAACGACGCGAUUGUUAGUGCGUGUUUUUUGUGGCAAUCACGCUGCCCGAUUCGUGUCAUUCGCAUCGGCCCGUGCAAAGUCGCAUUUAUUUGCAUCUAUGCAUUGAAAUUUACUUGCGCAAAUCGUUGAAUUCGCGUUUGGUGUGUACGCCCCAUUAGUUUUCUCACUUUAAGUAAAAAAUUUAGGUUUAUAAAGUAAUUUAAGUAAUUAAAUUAAGUUUUUACUUAAAGUGAGAAUUUAAGAAAAAUUAAGUAGAUUAAACUUUAAAAAAUUAUUUCAAUUGGUAACACUUAAAUUUAAAUAGAUCUAACUUUCACUUUUUACAGUGAAUACACUAAAUACAAUUAAAACUGAUCAUUGCCACCAUUUUACUUUACAGUAACAUCCAAGUAAUUAUUUAUUAUGGUCUUUGCAUUUUUAUAUUAUUUAAAAACAAACUCACAUCCGUGCAGAACUACUGUUCAUACAUAAUCACCCAUGCUUUAUUUUGCACUAAAGAAGAUGCAUCUUAUUCUUUUGCACUUUGUGAUAUUGUUAUGAUUUGUCUCUAAUGCAUUCAAUCAAUGUGUCAGAUUUGACCAUGUCGCUAAAGAUGUUUAAUAAAAAUAACAGAGUGAAAGCGUU